AUGUUUAUGCUUCGCAGCCUUAGCAAGUUUGUCUUUGGCGACGGUUCCAAAGAGUCGAUUGUCGAGAUCUCGCAAGGCCAGCUCUACCUCGUCCGUCCGCGGUCAGUCAAGGGCUACUCCGAGCUUAUCUUCAAAGACGCCGCCGCGACCAUUCGACGCACCGGGCAGGAGUUCCAAUAUCAGCUCGUGGUCCAGCGUGCAUACGAAGAAGGCGAGGAGGAUCUCCUAGAGGAAGAAGGUGGCGAGGACGCAGGUGUCGACGCACUGGGAGGGGACAAGGACGAGAAGACCUUCCUGCUCGACGAGGGCCUCCAGUUCCGCACCGACGUGCGUUCGACCGGCGAGACGAUAUUCGCGUGGCGCGAUCUCAGCGGCGACGUGGGAGAUCUCUGGGAGUUCGUGUGUGACCCGUCAGUCAAGCCAGAGACUGCUGCCCUGUUCGAGCGGGUUGCCCUGCAGUGCCAGUACGAGCGGAAGUUCCGACGAAGCCACGAGAACGCAACCGAAGAAGACCUAGAAGCUCUAGCCUACUUCGAGGAGCCCAUUCCAGACGCGAGCCCCAUCGCCAGCCCCGUGGCCAGAUCUCCGACCCUCGCGGCAGCGCCUGCCGCAUCCGAGCUCUUUCCGAACACCACACAAGAGAACAUGGCAAAGAAGGCAGCAGGCAAAGGUCAGGUUCCUCAGCAGGAGGACCCCACCUCUGCACCGCCGGCUGUCGCGCAGCCAGCCGCUCUAGGUACCCUGGCCGAGGCGGUUGCUGAGCUCCAUCUUUUCGACUUCCCCUCGGGUACAUUUGUCCUCCAGGACGCGAAAGUACAUGCUACGGUGACCGAGAUCGGCAACUGGGAGUACUGGCUGCACAUCGACGGUGAGGAGCGCGAAUGGCUGGGUCAGCCCAUUGUUGAGGAUAUCAACCCGGUCUUCAACUAUGAGUUCAAGUCCUUCAUCUUCAACCACUAUCUGGACGAUGGGUCUGCUUAUUCAUGGCUGAUCCGCUUCAAAUCGCAGGAGGAUUUGGAGCACUUCCAGAAUGGCGUUAUGCAAGCACUAUGGGAGCACUUGAAUCAGAUGAAGUGGCAGAAGGCGAAGGACGCUGACCGCGAGUAUGUGCUGGAAGCCUUCCAGGAUCUCACGAUGGAGGACGCGCCGGAAGCGGAAGAGGAGGAAGAAGAAUCAGAAGAGGAAGAUUACGAAGAUGCAGACGAACGACAGAAGAGCGAGUAUUAUGACGAGGACGAGUCUGAGGACGACGUGGAGGCUGACAUGAAGGAUGGAGGUGUCAACUCCCAACUUGCGGUCGGCUACAAACAUGACAGGUCAUUCGUCGUCCGAGGUAACAAGAUCGGUGUGUUCAAGCACACUCCGAACAACCAUCUACAGUUCGCUACUACCAUCUCGAACGUCAAGACGCCGAAGGGCAAGGCUUUCAAUCCCACCAAGGUCAUGCUCCACCAAGAAGAUCAAAAUAUGGUCCUGCAGAACCUGGACAAUCCGAAUGCGCUGUAUCGCAUGGACUUGGAGACCGGCACGGUUGUGGAUGAGUGGAAGGUGCAUGACGACAUCCCCGUCAAGGUGUUCGCACCAGAGAAUAAAUUCGCCCAGAUGAGCAACGAGCAAACGUUCUUGGGUCUGUCGGGUAACGCCCUGUAUCGCAUCGAUCCUCGUCUUGCCGGCAACAAGCUCGUCGACGACCAAUACAAACAAUACGCCACGAAAAACGCCUUCUCUGCUGCAGCCACGACCGAGCGCGGACACAUCGCCGUGGCUUCAGAGAAGGGAGACAUUCGGCUGUACGACAGGCUCGGAAUCAACGCAAAAACACUCAUUCCGGCUCUUGGCGAUCCAAUCAUAGGUAUAGAUGUAUCGGCAGACGGCCGAUGGGUGCUCGCUACCACGCGAACAUACCUUCUCCUCAUCGACGCACUGCAGAAGGGGGGCAAGAAUGACGGGAAACUCGGGUUCGAGAAGGCGUUUGCGAAGGACGAUAAACCGCAGCCACGACGUCUAGCGUUGACGCCCGCCCACGUUGCCCAGUUCCAGCACGAGACGAAAGCGCCGAUCUCGUUCACCCCGGCGCGUUUCAACACUGGAUUGGAUGACACGGAGACGACCAUCAUCACCGCCACCGGGCCCUUCAUUGUCACCUGGAGCUUGAAGAAGGUGCUCGCGAACCGCAGAGACCCGUACAGCAUCAAGCGCUACGCAGAGGAAGUCAAGGCAGACAACUUCAAGUUCGGCUCAGACAAGAACCUCAUCGUAGCUCUUCCGAAUGAAGUCGACAUGGUGGCUAAGCGAGCGUUGCAAAGGCCGACGCGCGAGAGUAUCGCUACGCCCUCUCGGGUGGGCGCUGCUCGACGCAGUGGUGCGAGGGGAAGUUACUUGGGACGGAAUGACAUCGUCAACAGUCCCUACUAGUGCGCUUUACGGCCGGACCAUCUUUCAGGUGUGGAUGGGUAACUAAGGAUUGUGCUUUCGGUAACGAACAUGGGCAGCGAUAUAGGCGUUUGAUUUCAUUGCUUCAUGGUGCACAUGGCCGCCGAUAUAUCGGUAACUGAUUCCCCCUGGAUCGAAUGAUAUUAUGAUGACUCGUAGAGUCUCCAUAGCAUUUAGCUUACGGACAUGCGUACCUUUCU